AUUUUCGCCUUCACGGCGGUGGUGGAGAGAGCUCUCUGGUGCUCCAUUCGGCAAUGGCGAUUCGAAGGACGUCGCCUCUCGCCGCCGCGAUCGCGGUGGCGCUGCUCGCCCUCCCCUUGAUCGCUGCCGCCGAGGUCUACUUCGAGGAGAAAUUUGGAGAUGGAUGGGAGAACCGGUGGGUUAAAUCAGACUGGAAGAAGGAUGAGAACAUGGCGGGUGACUGGAACUACACGUCUGGGAAGUGGAACGGCGAUCCUGAGGAUAAAGGCAUCCAGACCGCUGAAGACUACAGGUUCUAUGCCAUUUCAGCAGAGUUUCCUGAGUUCAGCAACAAGGAUAAGACUUUGGUUUUGCAGUUCUCUGUCAAGCAUGAACAGAAACUUGACUGUGGAGGUGGAUAUGUGAAGCUGCUGAGCGGUGAAGUUGAUCAGAAGAAAUUCAGUGGGGAAACCCCAUACAGCAUCAUGUUUGGACCAGAUAUCUGUGGGUACACAACCAAGAAGGUUCAUGCUAUUCUUUCACGCAAUGAGAAGAACAACUUAAUCAAGAAGGAUGUACCAUGCGAGACAGAUCAGCUAACUCAUCUCUACACUCUCAUCAUCCGUCCGGAUGCUACAUACAGCAUCCUUGUUGACAACAAUGAGAAGCAAUCAGGGAGUAUAUACAGUGACUGGGAUAUUCUUCCACCAAAAAAAAUAAAAGAUCCUAAUGCAAAGAAGCCAGAAGAUUGGGAUGACAAGGAGUUCAUUCCUGACCCUGAGGAUAAGAAACCAGAGGGGUAUGAUGACAUUCCCAAGGAAAUUCCUGAUCCAGAUGCAAAAAAGCCGGAAGACUGGGAUGAUGAAGAAGAUGGUGAAUGGACUGCUCCAACCAUCCCAAAUCCUGAAUACAAGGGACCUUGGAAGCCAAAGAAAAUUAAGAAUCCUAAUUACAAGGGGAAAUGGAAGGCUCCAAUGAUUGACAACCCUGAUUUCAAGGAUGAUCCCGAUAUCUAUGCUUAUCCCAACUUGAGAUACAUUGGCAUCGAGUUAUGGCAGGUGAAAGCAGGCACCUUGUUUGACAACAUUCUGAUUUGCAAUGACCCUGAAUAUGCAAAGAAGUUUGCUGAAGAAACAUGGGGCAAGCAUAAGGAUGCUGAGAAGGCAGCAUUUGAUGAGGCUGAGAAAAAGAAGCAAGAAGAGGAAGACAAGGAUGUUGAUUCAGAUGUAGAUGAUGAGGAAGCGGACAAUUCUGAAGCUGAGGAAGAUGUAGAUGCUGAUUCAGACAGUGAGAAGAAGCCUGAAUCAGAUGUGGAAGAGGACAACGAAAAGCCACAUGACGAGCUUUAGAUAGGCGGAUAAAGAUCUCUGCCGCCAUUUUUUUCUUGCAGUUCUGAUUACAGGCAAUUUGGUUGGUUUGUUAACCGAGUUUAGUUGUCCUAGGCAUCUAUCUUCUCUUGGAGGACAAAACAGUUGGACCAUGUAACCUGGAAACAUGAAUGAUUUUGUUUUCUCAUUGACGUAUUUGCGUGCUAAUCAUCAAUCAUCAUGAGCCUUCAUAGCAGUUAGAUAUGAAAUAACACAGUUUUAUUUUCUGAGCUGGAA